GUAGGGUACGGCCCCGCUGACUGGGCUGAAGGAGCCAUCGGGGUGGCAGUUGUGCGCUCGGUGGUCGCGGCUGCCACUGCUGCUUCCCCCAUCCCCCGCCACCCUUCCCCGCCCGCUCGCCUGCCCUCCGCCAUGCACCCGCGGCGCCCCGACGGCUUCGAUGGCCUGGGCUACCGCGGGAGCGGUCGGGAGGAGCUGGGUCCCGGUGCCAGGCCCUUCGGCAGCGCCUCGGAGCUGGGCCACUGGGUGACCAGCCCGCCCGACAUCCCCGGCAGCCGCAACCUCCACUGGGGCGAGAAGACGCCGCCGUACGGGGCCGGGACCCCUCUGGCAGGCGUCGGUCUCAACGAGGAGCCCAACCUAGGGGCGGGCGGCCCCGGCGCCGAGCAGUUGAACAGAUUUGCAGGCUUUGGUAUUGGCCUUGCAAGCUUAUUUACAGAAAAUGUGUUGGCACAUCCUUGCAUUGUUCUACGCCGUCAGUGUCAGGUUAACUAUCAUGCUCGGAAUUAUCAUCUCACUCCAUUUACUAUUGUCAAUAUUAUGUACAGCAUCAAUAAGACACAGGGUCCAAGAGCUCUCUGGAAAGGAAUGGGCAGCACUUUCAUUGUUCAGGGCAUAACCCUUGGAACAGAAGGCAUCAUAAGUGAAUUCACACCUUUGCCAAGGGAGCUUUCACAUAAAUGGAACCUCAAGCAGAUAGGUGGACACGUUCUAUUGAAAGGUUUAACACAUGUGAUUGCAAUGCCUUUUUAUUCUGCAAGCCUGAUUGAAACUGUACAGAGCGACAUAAUUCGAGAUAAUCCUGGCAUCCUGGAGUGCGUGAAGGAAGGGAUCGGCAGAGUGGUAGGCAUGGGAGUACCCCAUAGCAAGCGACUGCUUCCUCUGGUGGUCUUGGCUUUUCCAACUGCUCUGCAUGGAGUUCUUCACUAUGUCAUAAGUUCUGUCAUCCAGAAGCUUGUUUUGUUUGUUCUGAAAAGGGAUAACUCCCACAACCUUCCAACAGAGAGUUCCACUUCUGUUCAGAGCAUGCUGGAUGCGUAUUUUCCAGAACUUAUUGCUAGCUUUGCUGCUAGCCUCUGUGCUGAUGUCAUGCUUUACCCACUGGAGACAGUUUUACACCGCCUUCACAUUCAAGGGACACGCACAAUAAUCGACAAUACAGACCUCGGCUAUGAAGUGCUUCCCAUCAAUACGCAAUAUGAAGGAAUGAGAGACUGCAUAAAUACUAUAAAGCAGGAAGAAGGAAUGCUGGGUUUUUAUAAAGGUUUUGGAGCUAUUGUGGUACAGUACACCUUGCAUGUGGCAGUUUUACAGCUUACCAAAAUCAUUUACUCAACACUGCUUCAAAAUGUAUCUUAAUCUGUUCAGGUGUUGAUUUGGCACAGUGGACACGAUUGAUUUACUACCCUAAUUACCAUUUAGUAUGGCUAAGAAAAUGAACUUAGGAGUCCACUCUGUGGAUUCUCCUCUCACUCUCAAAACUUGUUUUAAAAAUGGGGAUAUAGAUGCUGAAGUGUAAUUAAAAAAAAAGUACUGUUUAAAAACAUAGUCACAACUUGAAUACAUAAUGUGCAGUCAUACAGAAAGGAGUUGGAUUUCAAAUGCAGUUGAAGUGAGGACUCACCUUUCCUCUUACCAAUUAACUGACUUAAGGGAUAGGUAUGAAUUCUUAAUACCUGCUUUAUAAGCAUCACAUCUGAUAUUUAAUUUGGACUGCUAGCCAGUUCAAAGGAGUUUAUUUUCCUAAGCUGAAAGAACCUGCAUGUGGAAGACUAAUGGGUUUACUGAUCUUUUAAAUGUUUCCAACUUCACUGUUAAUGGAGCUGUGAGUAAAAUAAAGCCUGUAAAAUUAACUUAAA